AUGUUGGCGUCCAGGGCAGUCCUGGUGAAGAAGAUGGUGGUACCACUCGCACAAACCACCUGCCGUCUCGUUUGCCAGCCCAGCAGUCUGGGAAACUGGGGCAAUACCAAAGUAGCUGUGGUUUUCUCAGGUUCAGGAUGGUGGGAUGGAACCGACACUCAUGAGGCUGCAUAUGUGAUAUAUCAUCUGAACCGCAAUGGAGCCAAGUACCAGAUCUUUGCUCCAAACAUGCAACAAAUGCAUGUCAUUGACCACACUAGGAAUCAGCCCAUGUCAGGGGACAAUAGGAACGUCAUGACGGAGUCAGCCCGAUUGACCCGGGGCAGGAUUCAGGAUAUAACCAGCCUGGAGGCUGGCAGCUAUGAUGCCAUCAUUUUCCCUGGAGGCUAUGGAAUUACAAAGAACCUAUCAACAUUCCACAAUGAUGGAAAAGACUGUAGGUUAAAUUCUGACAUUGACCGUAUCCUCAAGAGUUUCGCCGAAGAAAUAAAACCAAUUGGACUCUCUUGUAUGUCUACAAUCCUAGCUUGCCGAGUGCUCCCUGGAAUCGAAGUCACCAUGGGUUACGAGAGUAAUGACAAUGGCUGUUGGCCGUACUAUAACAUGACCACGGCCAUCAAGAACAUGGGAGCCAAGCACGUGAUGAAGGAGCCUUUCGAUGCACAUGUUGAUGAGAGGAACAAAGUGAUCACCACUCCAGCUUCCAUGUGGGAAUCCGACUCCCACUCCCACCACAUCUUCGAUGGGAUUGGCCAAAUGGUCAAGCAUGUCCUGCGCAUGUCCAACAAGUGAAAUAAGACCAAAGAGAGGAUCCGAGUGGACCAGCGGGCAUCACGUCACAGAGAACAAGGAGUCUGAUGUUCACACCCAAACAUUUAAUGUAUUAGAACAUCUGCAGAGACAGACUCCACGUUACAGCCGACAUUAGCAGUUACAUCAUUGUGUGUCGCCAUUGUAGAAAGUAGUCGCCUGAAAGAACAGUCAGUCCUGAAUCACUUUCCUUCACUUGAAACACAACACAAUGCUGUGCGUGAUAAUCAUUCACAAUGAUUCCAAACCUGUCAGCCAGUGAGCUUCGCACUGUGUUCUG